AGUGGCCUGGUUGCCGGGGCGGGCCGUAGAGGCCGCCAGUCGCGGCGAUCUUCUCUUCGCGUCUGGGUCGUUAUCGUCACCAUGUCCCUAAUGGCCUCGGCGGGCCGGGGCCUGGGGGCCGUGUGGUCCCCAACCCACGUGCAGGUGACGGUGCUGCAGGCGCGGGGCCUGCGGGCCAAGGGCCCCGGGGGCACGAGCGACGCGUACGCCGUGAUCCAGGUGGGCAAGGAGAAGUACGCCACCUCGGUGUCGGAGCGCAGCCUGGGCGCGCCUGUGUGGCGCGAGGAGGCCACCUUCGAGCUGCCGCCGCUGCUGUCCUCCGGGCCCGCGGCCGCCGCCACCCUGCAGCUCACCGUGCUGCACCGCGCGCUGCUCGGCCUCGACAAGUUCCUGGGCCGCGCCGAGGUGGACCUGCGGGAUCUGCACCUAGACCAGGGCCGCAGGAAGACGCAGUGGUAUAAGUUGAAAUCCAAACCAGGAAAGAAGGACAAGGAGCGAGGAGAAAUUGAGGUUGACAUUCAGUUUAUGAGAAACAACAUGACUGCCAGCAUGUUUGACCUUUCUAUGAAAGACAAGUCUCGGAAUCCAUUUGGAAAACUGAAGGACAAGAUCAAGGGGAAGAAUAAGGACAGCGGGUCAGACACCGCCUCAGCCAUCAUCCCUAGCACAACGCCUUCCGUCGACAGUGAUGAUGAGUCUGUGGGCAAAGACAAGAAAAAGAAAUCGAAGAUCAAGACCUUAUUUUCCAAGUCGAAUUUGCAGAAGACGCCUCUUUCCCAGUCCAUGUCUGUCCUGCCGACUUCAAAGCCAGAAAAAGUGCUGCUUCGUCCCGGAGACUUUCAGUCCCAGUGGGAUGAAGAUGACAAUGAGGACGAGUCCUCCUCAGCCUCGGAUGUCAUGUCUCACAAGAGAACAGCGAGUACAGAUCUUAAGCAACUGAACCAGGUCAACUUCACCCUUCCCAAGAAGGAAGGACUUUCCUUUCUUGGCGGCCUUCGGUCUAAGAAUGAUGUCCUUUCCCGCUCUAAUGUCUGUAUCAAUGGGAACCAUGUUUACCUGGAGCAGCCAGAAGGCAAGGGUGAGACCAAGGACAGCAGCCCAUCCUCCUCCCCAUCCCCCAGGGGCUUCAGAAAGAAGCAUUUGUUCUCUUCUACGGAGAACCUGGCGGCUGGGUCUUGGAAGGAGCCUGCUGAAGGAGCUGGGCUGUCUUCUGACAGGGAGUUCUCCGAAUCUUCCACCAAGGACUCCUUGAAGUCUAUGACCCUGCCGUCCUACCGACCUGCCCCACUGGUCAGUGGGGACCUCAGGGAAAACAUGGCCCCCGCAAACUCGGAGGCCACAAAAGAAGCCAAGGAGAGCAAGAAACCAGAGAGCAGGAGGUCGUCUUUGCUGUCUCUGAUGACGGGGAAGAAGGACGUGACUAAGAGCAGUGAAGGUGAAAACCCUCUCACGGUCCUGGGGAGGGAGAAGGAAGGCAUGCUGAUGGGGGUUAAGCCCGGGGAGGAUGCGUCGGGACCUGCUGAAGACUUUGUGAGAAGAUCCGAGAAAGAUACCGCAGCUGUUGUCUCCAGACAGGGCAGCUCCCUGAACCCCUUUGAAGAUGUGCAGAUCACAGAACCAGAAGCUGAGCCGGAGUCCAAGUCUGAACCGAAACCUCCAGUUUCCUCUCCGAGGGCUCCCCAGACCAGAGCUGUCAAGCCCCGACUGGAAGUGUCUCCGGAGGCGCAACCCACAGCCAGGCUUCCUUCCCCCGCUGACUCCCCUUCCUCUCUUCCUCCUCUCCCUUCUAGUUCUGGCCAGGCACCUGUCCCUUCUGAAUUGGGACAUGGUACAGACACACAGUCUUCUGAGAGUCCUUCUGUCUUCUCCUCUCUCUCAUCUCCCAUAGCAGCUCCCAUUUCCACAUCCACUCCAAUUGAAAGCUGUCCUCUUACAGAUAGGGGCCAGGCCAAGUCUGAAGAACCACCCUUGCUCCCUAAGGCAGAGUUGCAAACGGAGAGUUUAACUCCAGUUCCAAAUUCUGGUUCUUCUGCCCUGGGAUCACUUUUCAAACAGCCAUCCAUUCCAGCGAAUACAGGGACAGAAAAUUCUCUGAUGGGCAGGACCUGUGAGACAGGCACAGAGAAGUACACCAGCAGCCUUGAGUUGGAGGAAUCUCUCCCGGAGCAGCCUGAAACGGGGCGACAAGAGGAAGAACUUCCAAGAUUCCCCCGCAAAAAACAAGACUACAGCCCAUCAUCUGGAGAGGUCCAGGAGGUACCGUCUGCCCUUUCACUCAGCAGUGAUGGAGCUGCGAGCCCCAUUGGGGAGCUUGUGGCAGGAGGAGACAGAGACUUGGAGAGUCAGGCUGGGUCUCUUGUGGGGAGCAAAGCUAGGGAUGCAGUUGAAGAAGCGGCACCCCCUCUUCCCAUGGGAGAAUCGGUCCCUUCCAUUGAUUCCACGAUGCAGAAGCUGGAAGAGAUGGGUCUGAACCUCCGUGAGGGCCAGAAGAAAACCAAGAAGCGUGUGUCAUUUUCUGAGCAGCUCUUCACAGAAGAGGUGGUAGAGAGGGCCGUCCCGCUGGUGGAAGGACACAGCAGUUGUACCCAGGAGCUGACCCCUGCAUGGGCUGUUGCUGGAAAUGUGUCUGAUGGAGAGCCUCCUGGGUCUUCCCACACAGAGGACUCAGAGAGGGAAUCAGUGACCACACCUGGGCCAGCGACGUGCAGUGUGCCAGCCUCCCCGGCGGGUCACCUCCGCCUCCCCUCCCAGGAGGAGAGUUUCUCCGAAGCCCCCAUGAGUGAAGCAAGCUCAGCGAAAGACACUCCACUCUUUAGGAUGGAGGGAGAGGAUGCCCUUGUGACUCAGUAUCAGAGCAAAGCCAGUGACCAUGAAGGUUUAUUGUCUGACCCCUUGAGUGACCUUCAGUUGGCCUCAGAUUUUAAAUCUCCAAUCAUGGCUGAUCUGAACUUAAGCCUUCCUUCCAUUCCUGAAGUCGCGUCGGAUGAUGAAAGAAUAGAUCAGGUUGAAGAUGACAGAGAUCAGGUUGAAGUUGAUGGAGGGACAGCAAAGUCGUCAACUCUGGACAUAGGAGCUUCGUCCUUGAGCUUGGUAGUCCCCUGUCCUGAGACGGGAAAGGGGCCCAGUGGCAAGGCAGAUAGGUUGGCACUGGGGGAGGGCCUGCGUGAUUUCAGCCUGCAGGCACCCAAAGCAUCUGUGACAGCUCCUUCAGAGCAGACCACAGAGUUCGGAAUUCACAAAUCACAUCUUGGCAAGAGCUCAAGCUUGGAUGAACAGCUGCCAGGCCCCAGUGGUGGUGAGGAAGAAAAACCGAUGGGAAAUGGGAGUCCAAGCCCGCCUCCUGGCACGUCCCUGGACAAUCCUGUACCCAGCCCCUCCCCUUCUGAGCUCUUUCCUGCCACAUACUCUUUCCCCAGCUCUGCACAUUCUGACACUCACCACACCAGCACAGCAGAAUCUCAAAAAAAAGCCACAGCAGAGGGCUCCGCUGGUAGAGUUGAAAAUUUUGGCAAGAGGAAGCCACUCCUCCAGGCCUGGGUCUCACCCUCGGAGACACAUCCAGUCUCAGCUCAGCCAGGCGCUGGAACUGGGUCAGCCAAGCACAGACUUCAUCCUGUGAAGCCAAUGAAUGCAACGACCACCAAGGUUGCUAACUCCAGCUUGGGAACUGCCACCAUCAUCAGUGAGAACUUGAACAACGAGGCCAUGAUGAAGAAAUACAGCCCCUCGGACCCUGCAUUUGCGUACGCACAGCUGACCCAUGAUGAGCUCAUCCAGCUGGUCCUCAAACAGAAGGAAACGAUAAGCAAGAAGGAGUUCCAGGUCCGCGAGCUGGAAGACUACAUUGACAACCUGCUUGUCAGAGUUAUGGAAGAAACCCCCAAUAUCCUCCGCGUCCCGAGUCAGGUUGGCAAAAAAGCAGGAAAGAUGUAAAUCAGCAGAAAAAAAACACCGAGACAUUUUUGUGACUUCACUUUCACCUGCUCUAGGGGUCAAGGACUCGCCCUGCCUGAUAACCACCAGCAGGCUCCGAAUCACUGUCUCCCUCACAUGUUAUCUGGCAAGAGUGAAUUCUACCAAUGGAAGCCAGGUUAAUGAUUACAAUGAAUCUUUUACCAUACAUUCCCAGGGCUUUAUUUUUAAAUGCCACUGUGCCUUUAACUAGGUUGUAAAUAUUUUAUGCCCACGAGAGACGUGGUCAUAAGAUCUGAUCCUGAGCCAGAGAUUCAGAUGGCACAGGAGAUAUUCAUGUAUUUUAACACUGGGGUUUUCUUUCUUUCAUACUGAGAUUUUUUUCAAUAUGUAUCCUCCAGCUCUUAAAGCUUACCUGAGAAAGCUUUAAAUGAAAAAAGGACCAUGCCAUUGGUGCUGUGUUACAUACACAUACUUUCUUGGCUUUUGAGUAGCUCAGGUGUGGCUUUUGGCUGCAGAUGUUAAAUUUUGUACAAUGUAAACCUACCCAGCUUCUCAAACUUGGGUCUUGUUUUUUGAUGGGAGCAGGGGUGUUUAGAGUAAGCCUCUGAGUGUGCCUUUCGGAUUUCGAACAAGCGGCCUUUUUUAAACAUCAACUUCUACUACUCUCUAGCCUUAAAAUAUGUUCUGCUUAGAUCCAGGGCCCUUUUACUGGAGACUGGAAAAGUAGAAUUCAGGAAUUAAAAGAAUUACUCUUUAUUCAAUUCGAGGAACUUGGUUAAAGCCCCUCUUCUUAUGAACAGCCAGGUUCCUGCUGGCUAGACCAGCCUGUUCAGCGCUUUGCUUGGGUGGUCCACACACUCGCUAAUACAGUUCUGGCAGGUGUGGAAUGAUGUCAAUAGGAUUGUUUGGCCUUUUCCCCCUGUGCCUUUGCUCAGUGCCCUGGUUUCCUCAGCAACACUCCUUGUGAGGGACAGAGACAGGGUCCACCAACUCCCCAAGAUGAAGAAGCCCCUUCAGGCCAGGCGCAGUGGCUCAUGCCUGUAAUCCCAGCACCUUGCAAGGCCGAGGAGGGUGGAUCACUUGAGGUGAGGAGUUCGAGGCCAACCUAACCAACAUGGCAAAACCCCGUCUCUACUAAAAGUACAAAAAUUAGCUUGGCGUGGUGGUGCGUGCCUGUAAUCCCAGCUACUUGGGAGGCUGAGGCAGAAGAAUCACUUGAACUUGGGAGAUGGAGGCUGCAGUGAGCCAAGAUCAUGCCACUGCACUCCAGCCUGGGCAAGAGGUUUUUUAAGACUCUUAAAGAGCCUGGCCACUUUUUUUAAGAUUCCGACUUAAAAAAAAUAAAAAUAAAAAUAAAAAGAAAGAAAGAA